UGUCGGACAGGACAGAUUCAUCGCUCCUUCAAUGACUUGAACCAGAGAGCUGACUUUCUACAGGUUUCCAUCUCUCUCUCUCUUUCUCUCUCUCGCUUUCUCUCUCUCUCUCAGCGGCGGUGUGGAGCUCACUAAAUGCCCUGUAUGUGAUUUACCAGGAAACCAGGGUCCUUCUUCUCACCCGACUUUACAGACCUGACGCCUGCACAGUAUUAUCGGCGUGUGUGGGAGCAUCAUGUGGAGGAAGGCUUCAGCAGCGGCCCUGCUGGCCUUAGCUGUGGGAUAUCUCUACCACGGCAGCCCCGAGCUGCCAGAGCACAUUCUGCAGUACAUCACCCUGCCAAACUUCCAGUCCUCAUCUCAGAGCCAGAACAGCCUCGAACAGGUCAUCUCAGCUGCCUGGGAGACUCUCAUCACUCUGCCGACGCGGCAGUGGAGCAGAGUGGCCGUAGGGGUGAACGCCUGCGUGGAUGUGGUGGUCUCAGGAGUGGGGCUGCUGCAGGCCUUGGCGGUGGAUCCUGGCAGCGGCCUGGAUCACGAAGUGUUGCACUCCAAAGAGGACUUGAGGGAAGCUUUCAUCCAUUACAUGGAGCGCGGAGCAGCUGCCGAGCGUUUCUUCAGUGACGAGGAAGUAUUUCAGAGGAUUGCACGUGCGGCGGCAGAGUACCCCGGUGCAAAGUUGUAUGUGGGAGGAAACGCUGCCCUCAUUGGUCAGAAGCUUGCAACAUAUCCUGAUCUGAUGGUUUUGUUAUGUGGGCCGGUUGGUCCUAAACUUCAUGAGAUGCUGGACGAGCAGAUUGUUGUUCCCCCGGAUUCCCUCCAGGAGACGGAUGAAUAUCACCUCAUCCUGGAGUACAAAGCCGGUGAGCAGUGGGGCUCCACUCAGGCGCCUCAAGCUAACCGCUUCAUCUUCUCUCACGACGUGUCCAACGGGGAGAUGAGCUCACUGGAGACGUUCGUGGCGAGCCUGGAGGAGUUCGAGCCUGAACUGGUCGUCCUGUCGGGGCUCCACAUGAUGGAAGGUCAAGGCAAGGAGCUGUGGGAGGAGCGGCUGAAAGAGGCCGUGGCAGCGAUAUCUGACAUCCGUAAAGAUAUCCCCAUCCACCUGGAGCUGGCGAGCAUGACUGACAGAGACUACAUGAACAGCAUCAUGCAGGAGCAGGUUAUGCCCAUUGUCAGCUCUAUCGGUCUGAACGAGCAGGAGUUGCUGUUCCUCUCUCAGGCUAGUGAGGGGCCUCAUGCAGACUUGCCCUCCUGGAAAGGCAUCCCAGACGUGGGCAGGGUCAGCGACAUCCUCCUCUGGGUCCUGGAGCAGCACGGCCGCAGCGACCCCUCAUCCGAGGCGGACCUCACCCGCAUCCACUUCCACACGCUGGCCUACCACAUCCUGGCUACAGUGGACGGAUACUGGGCGAACCAGGCGGCGGCAGUGAUGGCCGGAGCCCGGGUGGCCAGCAGUCAGGCCUGCGGGCUCCAGUCUGUUGACGUUAGCAAAGUGGAGCUGAAAGCACCGCUAGAGUUUCACAGCUCACACGGUGAGCCACAAGAGAAAUUGUCCCUAAACCCAGCUGAGCCUGUUACCGUGUGGCGCAGAGGAAACGUCACCUUCCACCUGACGCCGGUGCUGGUCUGCAAGCAACCACUGCGGACAGUCGGGCUUGGGGACGCCAUCACAGCAGAAGGACUAAUUUACUCAGAGUUAAAAACCCAGCAGCCUUUCUGAGGUUUGCUAAUCUGACACAGUCGUCUGAAACGCGUCGAUGGGAUGUGCUGAGAAGACCCAGCCGAGUUUCACCUGCAGCCACGGUUGUUGGUUUGGAGUCACGUUUUUCGAUUCCUAAUGCAAGUUCUGUGUCUUCCUUCCCAAACCUCGACUCCACUGAGUCCAAGAAUGUGAUCGAUGGCGACUGUUUUCAAUCCUGCCUGAUGACACUCCCAGUCUGCUUCAGUCCCGUCUCUUCUCCCUUCUCGAACGCUCCAGCAGACACAGAAAUUGAGGUAGAACAGAACAGAACUGGAUCUCUCCGGGCUGUGAGGUGUUUCUGACUCUAUGCACUGGGCGCAGCUCAAAGCCAUCUUCACAAACUCCAAAGAGUUUCAUUGGCUCACCUAAUUUACUUUGACCUGCAUAUCUUCAGUAUGCUGUGCCUUGAGAAAAUAGAGUUUAAAAAUAUUUUAUUUAUAUUCUACAGCCAAGCAAACGUAAAACUAAGCAUCACAUAAAUUACCCUUCUAAGAUAUAUACACACACCCUCAUAUAUAAACAUUUAUGUUUGACUGGAAACUGAUGAGUGUCGUACUCUGUUGUAGAAGUGGUACUCUUAAUGUUUUCUCUUUCUUUUCAACUUUUGGUGCAUUCAUGUGAAAUAGUCAGUAGAACACUUGAAAAUUCAUCGUCUCCACAGUUCCAACCUUUUCUCAGAGCGUCUGACUUAUUUACAUGUAAUAACUGUUAUCUAGAUAUACUUGACUUUUUUUGUAAUUUCUCCUGAGAGGAUAAAAAAGUAGAAAGUGCGACAAUUUUAUUUUUCUCACUUGUGGCCGUAACACUCCCACGAUAAAGACGUCUUUUCUUAGCACCAACAGCAGUUAUUAAAGUGUUAUUAUAAUCUGUUUAUUGAUCUACAUGUAAAUGUCUAAUGCAGCGUUCCUUUUUUGGUUUUUUUUUUUAAGCAAAUGACGAAAAGUUACACUUCUAUGUGGUUAUAUUCCAUUAUCAGGGUUACUGUACUCAUUUCCUGUUCUGUUUGUGCAGCCUCUUUCUCUUCAUUCAGUCGUUGCUUUCCCUCAAUUAUAAAAUGUGAUUACAUCUUUAUAACAGGAUUGGCUGGAAAAUCUGUAAUAACUGGCCAGUGUAACGUACUCGCAAAAAAAAAAGAA